AUGCCAAGACAACCUAAAUGGAACAUUGCAGACACAAAUUUCGGAUCAAAACUCGAGAAAGAUGCACAUUAUCAGGCUGGUGCGAAAGAGCAAGCAUGGGCUGAUCCUAAAAUGAAGGUUGGAAUUGAACCUGGUCUUUGGAUAUGGCGUAUUGAGAAAUUUACAGUGAAGCCUUGGCCAAAAGAAAAUCAACCAACUAAAAUUGAAUUAUAUAUUUUUUAUAUAAAGUCUUACAAGAAAAAUAAAGAAACAGAAGCUUUGUCACAUGAUAUUCAUUUUUGGCUUGGGUUAGAAAGUAGCCAGGAUGAAGUUGGAACUGCGGCUUAUAAGACGGUGGAAUUGGAUGAUUUUCUCGGAACUUCACCAAUUCAACAUCGUGAGGUUCAAGACAAUGAAUCCAAUCUUUUCUUAUCUUAUUUCAAAAAAUUUCAUGUAGAAGAAGGAGGAAUCGACAGUGGCUUCAAACAUAAUGCAGUUCAUGAAUAUCGUCAUCGACUUUUGAAAGUCAAACUAAUUGGUCGUACAAUUGUAAUUCGUGAAGUUCCAAAAGACUAUAAAUCACUUAAUUCUGGAGAUGUUUUUGUAUUGGAUGUAGGAACUACUCUAUAUCAAUUGAACGGUAAAAAUUCUCAGGGUGUUGAAAAAGUUAAAGCCGCCGAAUUUGUUCAAGCUACUAUAAGUGAUAGAAACGGGUUGGCUCAUGUUAUUGUUAUUGACGAGGGAGAUAGAGAAAUGGGCAAAUUUUGGGAAGCACUUGGAUGUGAAGGUCCAAUCAAAUCUGCGGCCGAAGAUACCGUUACGGACAUUUCUAGUACACCAAAGAAAUUAUUCAGAGUAAGCGAUGCUUCAGGAACGUUGAAGUUCACAGAAGAAAAAACCGGUACAGUCAAAAUGUGCGAUUUCGACACUAAUGACGUAUUUGUGUUUGAUGCGGGGCAUCAAGUUUUUGUUUGGAUUGGCCUCAAAUCCACAAUUACGGAAAAGAAAUAUUCUUUGCAUCAUGCUGAGGAAUAUAUUAAAAAACACAAUCGUCCGUCGUCUAUUCCAAUUACUCGUGUUAUGCAAGGUGGAGAAAAUGAUGUUUUUACCCAGUGUCUGGAUGUAUAA